UGUUAUGCUGUACAAUUUUCACUUUUGUAUCAUAAUAUUCCAGCAAGUAAGCCUGUAAUAAAUAUCAAACUUAUGAAUUAAUUGAUUAUUAUUAAUAAAUAAACAAUUGACAAUACUUGUUUAUGUAAAAACAAUGAUAAUAUUACGUAAAAAUUGGUGUAAACAAAUCUUAUUACGACUUGUUGCCUGCACGACGCAUUCAGGCGAUACUGGCGGGAUCUUCUCAGCUCGAGGGAGUGGAACUACUCCUACAAUUUAUGCGUUGUCUUCAGGCCAAGGAAAAUGUGGAGUAGCAGUAAUAAGAAUUUCUGGAGACAAUGCAUCAGAAGCAUUGAAAAGAAUGACAAGUUUAUCAAAUCCAGAACCAAGGAGAGCUUACUUGAGAAAAAUUUAUCACCCAGAUGAUAAAGAAAUAAUUGAUAAAGGAUUAUGUCUGUGGUUUCCUGGUCCAAAUUCAUUUACUGGUGAAGAUAGUGUAGAGUUUCAAGUGCAUGGAGGUUCAGCUAUUUUAGAAGCACUGAUGUCUGCAUUAUCGAAGUUAAAUUUUCAACCAGCAACACCUGGUGAAUUCACUAAACGUGCUUUUUAUAAUGGAAAAUUGGAUUUGACUGAAAUAGAAGGUUUAGCAGAUUUAAUACAUGCUGAGACUGAACAGCAAAGACGACAAGCAUUAUUACAGGCUGAUGGUAGUCUAAGCAAAUUAUAUAAUAAUUGGAAAAAAAUAUUAUCAAAGUCUUUAGCAAAUAUUGAAGCAUACAUUGAUUUUAGUGAAGAUGAUAAUAUUGAAGAUGGAAUUUUAGAAGAAUGCAAUACUUCCAUAAUAAAUUUAUUAGACAAUAUUUCUCAACAUCUUUCUGACGGAAGAAAAGGAGAAAUACUGAGGACAGGUGUGAGAACGGCCAUUAUUGGACAACCUAAUGUUGGGAAAAGUAGUUUGUUAAAUCAUUUAGUUCAAAGAAAUGCGGCUAUCGUUACUCCCAUUGCUGGAACAACUAGAGAUAUUGUUGAAUUGAAUGUAAAUAUUGCUGGAUAUCCAAUUAUUCUGGCUGAUACUGCUGGUCUUGUUAAAGCAACAGAAGAUAUUGUCGAACAAGAAGGGAUUAGGCGAGCUAAAGUUUAUGCCUCAGGGGCAGAUUUAAUUAUUUUAAUGAUUGAUGCCAAUGUAUAUUAUCAAAGUAAAAUGUCUUUUAGUGAUUAUGUUCAUAAUUAUAUAAAAGUAUUGGAAAUUGAAGAUUUGGUAAAAGGAGAUGGAAAGUUAACUGAUAAUUUUAUUAUUGUUGUCAACAAAAUGGACUUAAUUGACGACAAGAGUCUCGAAGAUUUGAAGAAAUCUGAAGCUAUUUUAAUUUCAUGUGAGCAUGAGAAAGGUUUUUCAGAUUUAAUGGAAUCCCUAACAAAAAAAUUCCAACAUAUAUGUGGAAAUCCUUCACGAGAGAAUCCAACCAUAAGUCAAGCUAGACAUAGAGUUCAUUUAACAAAUUGUGUACAAUAUUUACAAAAUUAUUUACAAAUUUCUAGUCACAAAAACUACGAUAUGGUAAUUGCUGCUCAACAGAUAAGAAAUGCGAUGCGAGAAUUAGGAAAAAUUACUGGUCAAAUUAGCACUGAAGAGCUUCUAGAUAUUAUUUUUUCGAAUUUCUGUAUAGGAAAAUAAAUUACUUUAUAUUAACUUAAA